AAUAGAAAGCAGGACGAAUCUUGUGAUUUACCAACAAGAGCUACUGGUAUUUGCAGGCGAGGGUCCAUCUAGAUUUAGGGCAGGUCAGCGGGGGUGUUCAUCGAGAUGCUAUGAGACCAUGAAACAAGACGCUAAUCAUCAGCGCUCGGGAUCUCUGAGGCACCAACUGUGUCACCUGUCUAGCACUACUACACUAGGGUCUCAGCUCAACCCCAUUCCACCACUCAAAAUUGCCAGAUUUAGGGCCAUGCUAGUAGAAAUCGAGGAGAUCCUCUGGGAUCAGACAGGUAUCAGUACCAUCUUAUGAUGCUACUGCAGCGAUUGGUGGCGUUGAGCCCCAAGUAGAGUAGGACGGCCGCCCAUACCGGAUUAACCCCACAUACACCUUAUUAUUCGACGGAUCCAGUCAAUUUCAAGCUGCUUGCGAGUUUCUGUAGCAAAAGAACCAGCGGUAAAGUGGAAUUUCGACACGGCACAAGAUAACGGACGACGAGCAGACAAUGCUCCGCGAGUUUUCCAUAGCUGUAUAUGUUCCAGGCCGACAAGGGUUGACAUAUGUCGCUUUCACGAAUCCCUCUUAACCAAGUCUUCCGGGCCAAAGCCGACAGCACGAGUUCCAGUGGUUCCCGUCCUUCCUUUGAUUUUGAGCCUCGGGACGUGACCAACAAAUCGUCCCCCACUUCCAGCAUCUCCAGCUUCGACCCUGCGGACUUUGCACCGAAGGACAUCACACCAAAGGAUAUUACACCACCGAGAGCACCAGCAAAAGACACUACAACCACAACCAUUACACCACCGAAAGCACCAUCGAAGGACAUCACACCGAAGGACAUAACACCUAAGGAUAUCACACCACCGAAAGCACCAUCGAAAGAUACUGCACCCAAGAAGGAGGUUCCAGCACCAGCACCAGCUCCAGCACCAGAGGCACCAGCACCAGCAUCCCGAACUUUCUUACCUGGCCUUUUCACCAGCAAACCAAAACCAGUCGCUAUGGCUUCCUCUACAGCUACUAAUGGCAAUGGGGCGGCCAACGGGAAUGGAGCCGUGCGAGGGAACCGCAACCCCAAAAUGCUCGAGUACGAACGACAGGCCGAAGAGCGAGCGCGAGAGCAGGAUCGCAUGGAAGAAGAACGCAACCAAAUGGCAGCCGAAGCGUCGCGCAUGCGACUAGAGCAGGAAAGAAUCGCCCAAGAACAAUACGAAAUGGACCAGUACUAUGAGGCGGAAGCCUUGAAGCAUGCAGAGGAAGUCCGCGUACAUCGGGAGGAGGUACGCAGGCACCAAGAAAGAGUAAGAGAGCACGCCAGAAAACUCCGAGAUCAUGAGGAGUCAUCGGCGGCCUUUGCUUCGUAGGUUCAAUUCCUGAAGCCUGAAGCCCUUCCUCUUCAGGUGUUGAAGUGGAUUUUGCUAACGUUUUACCCUUCAGAGUGAUAGCCAUGCCCGCCAGACAGGCCAGAAGUAGACCCCCGGUGGCAGGCGGGAAAGCGAAUGGUACUUGAAAAGCUUAUUAACAGUGUCGAUGAAUACCAGAAUCACGGGGCGCAUAACAUCUAUUCGUACCCAAUAUCGUCUUCUUUAUAAGAAUUCAUAAGCGAUAUAGAAUCACAGGUCGGACCAGCCUUGCAGCUUGCUUAUCCAAUGACCUUCGAUUUCAAUAUCAUCCGAAAGAAAACGUGUUGGGAUUGAUCUUGUGUUACCAUCUCUACCACUAAAACGUUCAGACUUGAAAUAUCCACUCGAGAUAGGAGCAGGCCAGGAUCUUAAGACCUUCGCCCAAAUCCUUGGGUACAUAGCGGCUUGAAUUUCCAAGAAUCGCACCCCGUAUUGGCAGCCAAAAGUCAAUUUCUUCAACUUGGCUUCCUCGUGGAAUUGUUGGGUCGUUGCGCAAGGACGACGCACAUUGCCUGCCCACUUUCCCGGUUCUCGGAAGCUGCAACAACAUGACUACACAUAUGGCAAUAAUUGGGACUUGAUUAGAAUAAGGUUUUUCCGACUCCUGUCCAAAUCACGACUGCCUAUGGAGGAAUACACAUGUGAAGGAGUCUCACACAUCGUGAAAUGGAGUCCUAAGGCGGAGAGGCAGGACAGUUUCUCUCUGUUCUUCAUCACCAUACUCAUUACCAACACAUAGAAUGGAGUAAUUAGAAUGCAUGGACAGGCGCAUUUGAUGGCAUGUUUGGGAGUUAUUUUGUUUCAGGGAAGAAUUGUACGAUAGGAAUCAUAAGACAACUAAUGUAGAAUAAUCGAGGAGGCGUGUUAAUAUAGUCAGUCAU